GUCGCAAUGCAGUCAACCCACAGUAAGAGAGAUCGAUCUUCGACGCACAUGGGUCCGCUACUUCUCUGCGCCGUGAUGGUCGUCCUGGUGACUUUGCCUGUCCAAAUUAAUGCCCGUAUGGCCUUUGAAAAGCUAACGGAUUUUGAUUUUCCGGGCAACACGUACUACAGCGUGAAAAACCUCUCCUUGUAUGAGUGUCAAGGAUGGUGUCGCGAGGAGGCAGAUUGCCAAGCGGCGGCCUUUAGUUUUGUGGUAAACCCUCUGUCGCCCUCGCAAGAAACCCACUGUCAAUUGCAGAACGACUCCUCCGCAGCCAAUCCUUCGGCGGCUCCGCAAAGAAGCGCAAACAUGUACUACAUGGUAAAAUUGCAGCUGCGCAGCGAAAAUGUGUGCCACCGACCGUGGAGUUUCGAGAGGGUUCCGAACAAGGUGAUUCGGGGCCUGGACAAUGCACUAAUAUACACCAGUACAAAGGAGGCCUGUUUAUCAGCUUGCCUCAACGAAAGGCGAUUCGUAUGCCGAUCGGUGGAGUAUGAUUAUAACAACAUGAAAUGUGUACUCAGUGAUUCGGAUAGACGCAGCUCUGGACAGUUUGUUCAACUGGUGGAUGCUCAAGGUACGGAUUACUUUGAGAAUCUCUGCUUGAAGCCGGCUCAGGCCUGUAAGAACAACCGCUCGUUUGCCAAUUCCCAAAAAAUGGGCGUCUCCGAAGAGAAGGUGGCCCAAUACGUUGGCCUGCACUACUAUACUGACAAGGAACUCCAAGUGACCUCAGAAUCCGCCUGCCGCUUAGCAUGUGAAAUUGAAUCUGAGUUCCUGUGCCGCUCCUUCCUGUACCUGGGUCAACCCCAAGGAGCGCAGUACAACUGUAGGCUAUAUCAUUUGGAUCAUAAGACCCUGCCCGAUGGUCCAUCCACCUAUUUGAACCAUGAGCGCCCCCUGAUCGAUCAUGGUGAACCCAUCGGUCAGUACUUUGAAAAUCAGUGCGAAAAGACCGCUAGCUUGGCAGCUGGAUCACCACCGGGAACUCUCGAUAAAAUCGAUACUCUACCCGUUAGUCUAGACACCAUUGAAGAUCCAAACCUGACCAACUUAACCCGCAAUGACGUUAACUGUGACAAGACCGGUACCUGCUAUGAUGUGUCUGUGCACUGCAAGGACACUAGAAUUGCCGUGCAGGUCCGCACCAACAAGCCGUUCAAUGGACGCAUAUAUGCUUUGGGACGCUCGGAGACCUGUAACAUCGAUGUUAUUAACUCAGACGCUUUUCGGUUGGAUCUGACCAUGGCUGGGCAGGAUUGUAACACACAGAGUGUGACCGGUGUUUACUCCAACACUGUGGUUUUGCAGCAUCACAGCGUGGUAAUGACCAAGGCCGACAAGAUCUAUAAGGUUAAGUGCACUUACGAUAUGAGCUCAAAGAAUAUCACCUUCGGUAUGAUGCCGAUCCGUGAUCCGGAGAUGAUCCACAUAAAUUCGUCACCGGAGGCUCCACCACCAAGGAUCCGCAUCCUGGACACACGACAGCGCGAGGUGGAGACUGUGCGUAUUGGAGAUCGACUUAAUUUCCGCAUAGAGAUUCCUGAAGAUACUCCCUAUGGCAUUUUUGCUCGGUCUUGUGUGGCAAUGGCCAAGGAUGCCCGCACCAGCUUUAAGAUCAUCGACGACGACGGUUGCCCCACUGAUCCCACCAUCUUCCCCGGCUUCACCGCUGACGGGAACGCUCUGCAAUCCACGUAUGAGGCUUUCCGAUUCACGGAGAGCUACGGCGUGAUCUUCCAAUGCAAUGUCAAGUACUGCUUGGGUCCAUGUGAGCCGGCUGUGUGCGAAUGGAACAUGGAGUCAUUCGAGUCUUUGGGCAGAAGGCGUCGUCGCUCUAUCGAGAGCAACGAUACAAAGAGCGAGGACGAUAUGAACAUCUCGCAGGAGAUCCUCGUUUUAGACUUUGGCGAUGAAAAGCGCGAGUUCUUCAAGGCAGAUCCCAGCACAGACUUCGCAAAAGACAAAACUGUUACCAUCAUCGAGCCGUGCCCCACGAAGACAUCGGUGCUAGCUCUCGCGGUCACCUGCGCGCUGAUGAUCCUGCUCUACAUUUCGACUUUAUUUUGCUACUACAUGAAGAAGUGGAUGCAGCCCCACAAGAUCGUAGCAUAAUUGGAGCGAUCGAGAAAAAGUAGGAAAAAAAGAAAAAAAAAACAAAAAGGAAG